AGAGGGGCGCUGAUAACACGAAGAUAUCAACUGGUUGACGGGAAAGUACAGGUGGUGUCAAUAAACAAAUUGCGAUAAGAGCCGCCUCGGCUUUCACAUUGCCCUUCCAUUCAGGAGUCUGAUAAUGAAAUCUGCUGUGAUCGGAACGAAUUUUUUCAUUGUUGUCGUGGAGAUGAUAAAAGUCCUUUUUUAAUGGUUAUCUUCAAGUGGGACUCAAAGUCAAGGUUUGUGAAAAAUUUUCGGACAUGCUGCAGAUACGCGUGGAUUGUCAUAUUCGGUACGGUCACACUCCUCCUCUUGGUGCUGACAAUCCGAAAGGUGGAUCCCGAUAAUCGGAAAGCGGAUCCUGAGUUGCGGAUGAUUGCCCCACAAAUCGCUCAAAUGACGCAAGGAUGCAAAGCCUAUCAGUGUUCUGUGAUUUGCGUGAAUGCAACCGAUUUGAACCUUGAAAUGCAGGAAGCGAUUUUGGAAACCGGAUGUAAAAAUAUCGACACAUUGCACAUCGAUCGUCACACAUUCACUAAUGGAAACCUAGUAAAACAUUGGACCCAGAUUUCGACAAGUUUCUAUGAAGUGCUUAUAACCAACAGCAAUUUGGAUUACAUCAUGCCAGAGGCCUUCGACAGCGAUGAAUUCACGCAGACAUUCAGCCUUAGCCUGGAGGGUAUACCCCUGACAGCACUGGAAGGAAGUGCAUUGCUCGGACUACCAAAGCUAGAGACGCUUUCCAUCAACGCCCCAAUCGACCAUAUCAGUCGAGUAUUCUUCCAACCGAUUCGAGCUAGUCUGAAAACCCUCAAGCUCACAAGGAUGACCGAUGCCAUACAAUUCAACGACCUGUUUGGAGUGAGUAACAUGUCUAGGUUGGAGGACUUGGAUCUAAGCAACAAUCACUUCUACAAGCCACUCACUUUGGUAGGAUUUCUGCAUCUAUCCAACGUACGUUAUUUAGAUUUGUCAAGGUCCGAAAUCAGUGUCAUAGGUAGAAGUGCAUUUGAGCCUAUCAAGAAUACCUUGAAGUUUUUGGACCUAUCACAUAAUAAUUUAACGACAUUGGGUCCUGGUACACUGGAUGGCAUUCUUGAAUCUAGGAAGACCUACAUCUAUUUGAGAGAGAAUUACUGGAUUUGUGAUUGCAAUCUAGCUCCAUUGGUAAAAUAUUACAACCAGUACUCUGAGGUUUUCCUUGACCUACCGAUUUGUCAUGCACCCCAAAUUUUCUACGGCGAGGACAUCAUUUCAGUGGAGAUGUGCGAGGUAUCAACAUAUUUCACCGAAGAUUCGUCCUUCAACCAAGAGGUUGAAGUAACAUCCCUUGAAACUACAGAUAAAGAGAGAUCAUCUAUGGGUUUUGAGAAAGUCGAGAGUACGCUAGUGGAGAUUCAAUCAACCAGCAGUCCAGGGUCAAAAGUUACUUGCGCGGAACGACAGAAAAAUUCUUCUACUUCGCUUGCGGGAGCAAUUCAGUACAUGCAUCUGGAUCCACCCUCUCAUGAAUUCAGCUUAACGUACCUAGGGGACAAAUCUGUAGAAGUCGACGUAGCGGCUAUUAAAGACCAAGUGACAAUUCUAUGGUUCAACGACCCAGAUAUCUAUGGCGUAUUCACAAGCACAAACGACGAUUUUGGAUGCAUAGGGCAAUCCAAUGGCUCAAUUGUUAUAAGGAACCUUCAUCCCAACGUUUCGUACACAUUUUGCCUAAUACCUAAAGGAAAAGUUGCAAUUUCACCAUUUAAUUGUCUUCCUUUCUAUAUUCCUUUGGAGCCAAUUGAUACCUGCGACGGUUGGCUGAAUACGACUAAUAAACAAGUUGUUGUCAUUCUGGCGUGCAUAGUCCUAGUCAUCAGCUUUGGGAUAGGAGCAGCAAUUUCUUAUAUAGCUAUCAGGAACUUCCCACAAAUAUUGAAGGGCAACAAAAGAGUUUUGGUGGUGAAAAAAGAGAAACCAGACACAAGUCCAACAGUCUCUAGUGUAUCUGAGAGUAUAGAUAAAAGAAACCUAAAGAGAAUGGCGCCACCACCGCCGUACAAGAAAUUCUCUGAGGAAGACAGUUCAUACGAAAUACCAAUUGAGGUUGCUGAAAACGAAUAUCUCGAUCAGUUCCAGCGUUGCUAUUCCGAACCACUUCCUGAGGGAACACCAGAGAUACCACCACCCCUACCAAAGAGGAAUUCUGAACAGAUUUAUUGCAGUGCAGCUAACCGAGAUAAGCUUACAAAAAGGAGUAUUUGAUGAUGGUGGUGGGUAGUGAAGUAAAAGUGGGUUUUAUAACAAAAGGAGUUAAAUAGUAAUAGCCAAAGAACCGAAAUUGAAAUAGAAUAUAUCUAGAUUAUAAUAUGAUAGAAUCCAAUUUUGAAACAUACAGCGAAACAGCGGAGAAAGUAGCAGUAUUUCCUCAGG